AUGGCUACCUCUUUUCUGCGACCAAGUACUCCUCCACCUUCAACUUCACUCAAAACACCAUCAACACCGCGCUUCGGCUACGAUGAUAAUUACGAACCAUAUUCGCCCAGAAAAUCAAGUCGAGUAGCGUCAAGGGCAAUUCGCGACGCGGUAACCCCACCGCCUCCAACAAUCAAACAUAAAAUUUGUAACAAUCUUUCUACUCCGCAAUCAACACCUCGAGCCGCCAGAAAAGUUAUAUUUUCUGGUACGCCUCAACAUAUCACCUCGUCACCACCUAAAUCUCCUCAAACUGCGAUAAAACGACGAGCACCUAGAUCGGCAACCACAAUUGCUGGCCGACACGUUUCUGGAGCAUUAAAUCUCGACAGUACAACAUCCGCGGCGACAGCUCUCGGUCUAACUCCCGAAACCAAAAAAACUGAGCAGAAUAUGGACAACCAUCAGCGACCUGGUAUGAUGGUUCGCGGCGAUGGCAUGCUACCAACACCUUCUAAAACCCCACGUCACCCCAAGCAAACGGAAGAAUUGAAAGAUGGAAUCAAUGCAGUUUCGCGAACUCUCUUCACCUCAAUCCAUGCCGAUGACUCCGCAAAUGCGAUGCCAAAGCCCAAGAAGAGCCGCAAGAAGUACAACAAUUUCGGUCUUGGUAGCUCAUCUGCAGAUGAACCAAUUGCUAUCUUCACCGACUCUGAGGACCGCAUUCCAGAAGUCGACAGCCAUUCUGAUAACCCUUUCCUUGGUAGUAGCCCUCCUCAGAAUACCAGAGGCAGAAGCAGCAAGCCCAAAUUGAUUCGCGUUCCAGGAGAGGAGGACCAAACCAUGGAGCAGCUUAUGGGUCGCGAGGAUGGACAUGUUGCCAACUUUCGUGGUAAACUUAUCUUCAAAAAGAAGUCGAACGCAUCUGCAAGUCAUAGCCCAACUCGAGGCGCGGGUCGUGCUGAAUUCAUGGUUUUCGAUCAAAGUUUUGCUGGCGAAUUCAAUGGACCAGUUACACGUUCAUGCCGACGUCAAUUGUUCACCAAUAAUAGACAAGCCCCCGUUGUUCCACAAGUCCAAGUCACCGAAGACGAAGAGGAAGCUUUGACUGACAUUGAGGAGAAGUUUGACACCGAAGAUGCAACGGACAGUGAUGUUGAGCUACGCACCCCAUCCCAUAGCCAGGGCCUUGUGACUCCGGAUGCGCCAAGAUUUGGACCGGCUUCUUCACCAACUAUCAAGAGAGCUACACUUGCUACGAAGAGAUAUGAUGUCGUCGAUUCUCCAGUAACUCCCCCACGCCGUGGCCGCUCUCAAGUUACUAGCCCAUUCAAAUCCUCUGGAAGUGACAAUGAUUUCGAGCGCGCAACCAGGAAGCGGGAUGGAGAAUCUAUUGCAAGACCUACUGAGGAAGUAAAGAAAAUAACCACAUUGAAAAUGCAUAUUCUUGUAGUAAACGAUGAUGGACCUCCAUCGAACAAAUCUUCCCCCUACGUCCACUCCCUCGUCCAAACCCUUCAAGCCGCCGGUCACACUGUCUCCGUCGUUCUUCCUCAUACGCAACGCUCAUGGAUAGGCAAAGCGCACAUGGUAGGCCAAACUGUCAAGCCUACUUAUUUCCACCCCGGAACUCUUCACGAAGAUAACGGUACCACACAUGCUCGCCCCUCCAACGACAAUACAGAAGAAUGGGUAUUGGUAGAUGGCACACCAGCUUCGUGCGUACAGAUAGGUCUAUAUCAUUAUUUCCAAGAUAGGGGACCAGUGGAUUUAGUGGUCAGUGGACCAAAUUAUGGGAGAAAUAGCACGGCUGUCUUCAGUCUAAGUAGUGGGACGAUUGGAGGGGCGAUGGAGGCGGCGGUUUGUAAGAGAAAGGCUAUUGCGUUGAGCUAUGCGUUUUUCACGAGGAAUCACGAUCCGGAGAUUAUUGGAGGUGCGAGUAGGAUUGGCGUGAAGCUUAUUGAGUACUUGUACAAUAAUUGGGGAGAGGGAGUGGAUUUGUAUACGGUUAAUGUUCCGUUGGUGGAGGGAGUAGAGGAUAGGAAGAUCUUGUGGACGAAUCUAUUGCAGAACUAUUGGGGAGAAGGCAGUUGUUUUGAGGAGGUGGAAGGAAAGGAUGAGGAUGCCGAUGAGGAGGAAGAGAAAAUUAGGGAAAAGGAAGGACAGCAAGGGCAAGACGAGGAGAAGAAGGCUGUUGGGCAUACACAUAAACAUUUCAAGUGGGCGCCAAGGUUCACGGAUGUUUAUAAGAGUGUAGAGGAAUCUGGCCCAGGAAAUGAUGGUUGGGCUGUUAAGGAGGGUUACACAAGUGUCACACCGUUGAAAGCGAAUUUCAUGCAUGCUUCUGCGGCGACACAGGGAGAGUUGAAGUUACCAUCUUCGGAUCCAAUACCAUCAAUAUCAAAACUCUCUCUUCAAGAACAACCCAAGUCAACGCAGCCUCAUUUUUACGCCUACAUCGAUUACGAAGAUUCCUAUGUCCAACCACUAAUUCUUUCGGCACUAAAACAGCUCCCUCAAUCUUCAUAUACGCUGCUCUCCUCUCCAUCCGACCUUCCAACGCCGGAAUCACCAUACCUCCAUAUCUCAUCCUACGAAACCAUUCCCUUUGACGAGAUUACAUCCAAACCAAACACAUCCCUCACCAACGCCUAUGUGAUUCGCAAAGCUCUCAUUCGUAAGCACUAUUUGAGUGAGACAGCCCAUAUAUGGUGUGUUAAGAACCCAGAAUCUAUUCUAAAAACAAACAUCAAACGCGCGGAACAUUUUGAGCUAGAUUAUGCCGAGUUCUUGGAUGAUGCUGUGGUAGAGUGCUGGGAUUUGAAAGAAAGUUUUGCGAGGAAUGAAAAGGUUGAUGAGGAAGGGGGUAAAGCCGAAGAUAGAGAUUGGUGGAUCUUGAAACCGGGGAUGAGUGAUAGGGGUCAGGGUAUUAGGUUGUUCUCGUCUUUUGAAGAGCUACUUGCUGUUUUCGAGGGGUGGGAAGAAGAUGCACCGGACUCUGAUGAAGAGGAUGAAGAAACCCAAGAAGGAGAUGGAGUAGAAGGAAAGGACUACAUCCAAACAUCUCAUCUCCGCCAUUUCCUCGCACAACCCUAUAUCCACCCACCGCUUCUCUUGUCCCCAGAGUCUAAAACUAUUGCGCCUACAAACACCAAAUUCCACAUCAGAACCUACGUCCUCGCUUCCGGCGCCCUAAAUAUCUACGUCUACAAACCCAUGCUCGCCCUCUUCGCCAGCUCCUCCUACAUCUCUCCCUGGGAAUCCUCCUCCUCCUCCUCAGGAGGAAUCGACCUCAAUCCCCAUCUCACCAACACCUGCAUCCAAACCUCAGACUCCAAGAAAAACGCCGUUCACCUCCUCUCUUCUCUUCCCUUCCCCACCACUCUCCAGAAUAAAAUCCAAGCCCAGAUUUUCAAUUUGACGAGUGAGGUUUUUGUGGCGGCGGCUAGGGAAAUGAGUAUUCAUUUUCAACCGCUGCCAAAUUCAUUUGAGGCUUUUGGUCUGGAUUUCUUGGUGGAUGAGCAGGGUGGAUGUUGGUUGUUGGAGGUUAAUGCGUUUCCGGAUUUUGCGCAGAGUGGGGUGGAGUGUAGAGGGGUGGUGGAGGGGUUUUGGAAAGAGGCUGUGGGGGUCGUGGUGAGUGGGUUUUUUGGGGUGGGAAGAGAUGGGGGUGGAGGAGAGGGAGAGGGAGAGAAGGAGGGGCAGUUAGUGAGGGUUGGGGGUGUGGAUUUAGGGAGAAGGUAG